AAAGUAAAAGCUGAAAACUGAAAACCAAAAACCAAAAUCUAAAAACCAAAAACUAAAAUCUAAAAACCAAAAACUAAAACUAAAAGCUAUCGAAACAACCAUCACUUUAAUUACUUUGUUCUGCAAACCGACGAUGUAAAGUAGCAUCAUAUAUGCUUAGUGCCGCUACAAGGUUAGGAAACCCUUUUAAAUUCUUUUGAUAUUGCUCAUACAUGCACUAUAUAUUAAGAAGGAAUCUCUUAAAAGCGACUUCCUAACCAGUUAUUCGUUAUUUACUUAUUCUAAACUAUCCUUUCUUCUAUCAAACAUAUAUUUUUAUCUUAGAUGCAUGAACAAUGCCAAGAAAAAUUAAGUGCUUAAAUUUCAAGAAUCAACCAAUUGUACAUACAGUUUAUCAGUUUGAGAAUACUGUAACGUUCGAGCGUGAUAAACUCCCUAAAGUGUACACAAAGAACUAAUCUUAUGCACGUACUAGAAACCUUAAAAUGUGAUGAAUAAUUCGAUUAACCCGCGCAGUUUGCAACGUAACUUGGACAUAACAGAAGCAGCCGGCCACAGCAGAUCUUUAGGGAUUCGCGUAUAAUCUCAUUUUCCCAGUAAUGCUAUAAAUCUAAUGGAACAUUUCGUCAGCAAGUGUGUUUUUAAACUAUACUGUGCUAUUAUUAUGAACACAUGAAUAUAAAAUAUUAUGAAAUUAUUUAAGAGGGAGAUUAUGCGGAUCAGAUUCAUAUGUUAUACAUUCAUUCACAGUCUUGGUUAUAGCAUAUUCCAACUCCCAAGCACAUGCAACUGUCUCUCUUUCUGUCUCACUCAAAAUUCAAUAAAAACAAGAAAAUACAUUAAAAAGUCAACCUAUAGUUGUUUAGUUGUUAAGAAAUAAUUUUGUUAGUUGUAUUGUAAAUUUAACUAAUAUAUUUAGAUCUAAAUUAUUUGUAGAUAGAUAAUACACAUAUAUUGUAGAUCUACAAAGAUGAAUUGCUAAAUUUUUAGAGACGCGAAGAUACAUUAUUUCCAUAUGGCAUAGACCAAUAAAUCUAGCAAUGUUUUAGCAAUAAUUUGUUUUUCUUUUCCACCAACUAGCCGUUCUUUGAUACUGUCAGUAUAUAUAACAUUUUCUCUUCUUUUUUUUUCUCAGGAAAAAUAUUGGAUUUGUUUAUCAAAAAUUUCUGUUUAAUGUAAGAACAUACUACAUGCUAUGGAAAUACUAGUUUCUUUGAAGAUUUACUACGUUAGUCUAUAGAGAAAAUGAGCCAGACCAAUUUCGAUAGGGUAACUAUUACUUCAAUUUGAACGCCUCAGUUACAAAAAAAAAAACUAUUACUUCAAUAAUGAUUUCUAUUAUAUAAUGAAACAUGAGUUAUAUUCAUAUUUAAUUCCAUAAUCACCUUAAUACAUGUGUAUAUGCAGCUGCAUAACAUGUUUAGUGUCACCGUCUGUUGUAUUAAAAAUGAAAAAGAUAAUGCAGCCUGAGCUCUUAAGGAACUGUAUCUUGAAGAUCAAUCAUGUGUCAGAGCCACCCCCAAAGAAGAAUAAAAAGUCUAAAAACAAAGAAAAAAAAACUAGAAUAAUAUCACUUGGUUUGACCUUAACAUUCACAAAAAAAAUCUCCACUUAUAAAUACUCAGCUCAUAAUCCAGAUUUUUGCAAAACUUGAUUAUUAACAAUUGGUUAAUUAAGUAACCAAACAAAAACAAAAUGGCUCUAGAACCAAACUUCCUUCUCUCAUGGAUCUUCCUAUGCAUAGCUGCAACAAUCUCCAGCACACUUUUCUUCUUCCGCAAGAAACAUCACAAGUUCACAUCAAAGAAGCUGCAGCAGCCCAAGAAGAAGCUUCCCCCUGGAGAAAUGGGGCUUCCAUGGAUAGGUGAAACAAUGGAGUUCUACAAAGCUCAGAAAAACAACAGAGUUUUCGAGGAUUUCGUGAAUCCAAGAAUCAUCAAGCAUGGCAACCUCUUCAAGACAAAAAUCAUGGGCUCACCAACAAUAGUAGUCAAUGGAGCUGAAGCCAACAGGCUAAUAUUAUCUAACGAGUUUAGCUUAGUUGUAAGCUCAUGGCCUUCUUCUUCUGUUCAGCUAAUGGGCAUGAACUGCAUCAUGGCUAAGCAAGGGGAGAAGCAUAGAGUCCUUAGAGGGAUUGUAGCUAAUAGCCUUAGCUACAAUGGGUUAGAGUCCUUAUUACCUAACCUAUGUGACACCGUCCGGUCUCAUCUUGAAACCCAAUGGCGAGGCAAGGAAGAGAUUAGUCUCUACCGUUCCACAAAGGCUCAAACCUUUACUGUGGUCUUUGAGUGUUUGUAUGGGAUCAAAGUGGAGCUUGGGAUGUUAGAGAUCUUUGAGAGGGUUCUAGAAGGAGUUUUCGCUUUGCCUGUUGAGUUUCCUUGUUCUAGGUUUGCUAGAGCGAAGAAAGCUAGGCUAGAGAUUGAGACAUUGCUAGUUGAGAAGGUUAGGGAGAAGAGAAGAGAAAUGGAACAAGAAGAAGGUGAUGAGAGACCAAACACAACACUAUUCUCAAGGCUAGUACAAGGGUUGAUCAAAGGCGAGAUAACUGAAGAAGAGGUUGUAGAUAACAUGGUUUUGCUAGUGUUUGCAGCUCAUGACACAACCUCUUACGCCAUGGCUAUGACUUUCAAGAUGUUGGCUCAGCAUCCAACUUGCCUUGACACUCUCCUUAAAGAACAUGUUCAAAUAAAAGCAAACAAAGGGGAAGGAGAGUACCUCACGGUUGAAGAUGUGAAGAAGAUGAAGUAUAGCUGGCAAGUUGUUCGUGAAACAAUGCGCUUAUCUCCUCCAAUCUUUGGUUCUUUCAGAAAAGCAGUUGUUGAUAUCAACUAUGGAGGUUUCACUAUCCCAAAAGGCUGGAAGGUACUGUGGACAACAUAUGGAACUCAUUACAAUCCUGAGAUUUUUGAAGAUCCGAUGAGUUUUAAUCCUUCAAGGUUUGAUAAGGCGGUACAAGCAUAUACAUAUCUUCCAUUUGGAGGAGGACCAAGGCUUUGUGCAGGUCACCAGCUGGCAAAAGUCAGCAUCCUCGUUUUCUUGCAUUUCGUUGUGACAAGUUAUGAUUGGUCCUUGGUCUAUCCAGAUGAGACAAUCAGCAUGGAUCCUCUCCCGUUUCCAUCUCUAGGAAUGCCUAUCAAAAUUUCUCCCAAGGUGUCAUUAUGAUAGACUAGAGCCAUGAAUAUGUUGUAGUCUGUAUGUAUGCUAUAUUCAAAAACAAAUACUUGUUCGUUUGAAACACAGAGUUCCUGGAGAGGACAGAAGACUCAUCAUGUCUUUCAUAAACUAUGGACAGAAACUAAACCAAUAUAUGUGAAACUGAUUCAAUUUAUUGACUUGAUGAAUUUUUUUA